AUGCUGAGAUGCUGCACAGUGCGUUGUGGCGUUUGGGACAGUGCGUCUCCCAGAGAGAAGAGCUUCUUGCUGACCUCUCAGUGGUACCCAGAGGUGAGUGCCGCAAUGGACAGAGCAUCGAAUCGUAUAGAGCCGUGGAAGAUAGCAGUCAUUGUUGUGUCGGUGGUAGUAGGCUUAGCCCUCAUCAUUGGAUUGAUUGCAUAUUUUUUGUGCUAUGAUCAGGAGCGAUUUUACAAUACAUCUUUCCUAAUCACCAACGUCCAGUAUGACCGCAAGUUCGAAAGGCAAACCACAGUAGAGUUUGGGAACGUAAGCCACUAUAUUGAAACCAUGAUAUCUGAAGUAUUCAGGGGCUCCUUUCUAAGUAAAAGGUACAUCAGGUCCCAUGUUGUCAGUCUAAGCCCAGAUCCUGGUGGAGUGCUUGCAUCUGUUGUUCUGGUAUUUAAAUUUGCCGCUGGUGACAGUAAGGACACGAGCUGGGGUCUUGUUGACAAGGUGUUACGCGAGAGGCUGCAAACAGUCUCCACGUUCUUGAAUAUUGACCAAUCUACUCUUACACUUACAGAGUUGAAUAAGGAAAAUGGAGAUAACCUUUUAAACAACUGCUGUGGAAUACGAAGACAGACAUUCUCCUUCACAGGAUUGGAGAGAAUAAUUGGUGGGCAGCAGGCACAGACUGGGGAGUGGCCGUGGCAGGCUAGUAUUCAGCUAGAGGGGACCCAUCGCUGUGGUGCAUCAGUGAUCAGUAAUACAUGGCUAGUCACUGCAGCCCACUGUUUUAGAGGGGAAAGUGAUCCUCGGAAGUGGACCGCCAGCUUUGGAAUUCGGCUCAGACCUCCAGAACAGAGAAGACUCGUCCGAAGAAUUAUCGUUCAUGAAAGUUACAACAACCCUGUCUCUGGUCAUGAAUAUGAUGUGGCUGUUGUGGAACUUGCCUCUGCUAUUGAGUUCACGAGUGAUGUGCACAGUGUCUGUCUUCCUGAAGCAUCUCACAUUUUUGCAGCAAACACUUCCUGUUUUGUCACCGGUUGGGGAGCUUUGGAGAAUGAUGGCUCUAGUGUUAAUGAGCUUCGACAAGCAGAAGUGAAAAUUAUAAGCACUCAGAUUUGUAAUAGAAGAGAAGUGUAUAGUGGAGCAAUAACAGCUGGAAUGUUGUGUGCUGGAUACUUGGAGGGGCAGGUGGAUGCCUGCCAGGGUGACUCUGGUGGGCCAUUGGUGCAGGCGAACUCCAGAGGAAUCUGGUAUCUUGUGGGAAUAGUGAGCUGGGGAGAUGAAUGUGGAAAGCGAAAUAAACCAGGAGUGUACACGCGAGUGACUUACUAUCGAAACUGGAUCAACUCCAAAACGGGCAUCUGA